AUGCGGCCGCUGGUAGACCUACCAAAUGAACUUUUGCAUCAUAUUGCAGGCUAUCUGGCCCUAGAGUCAGAUAUAAAUUUGUUAGCUAGGACGAACCGCGACCUUCACAGUACAAUCAACCCUCUUUUGUAUCGUCUCAAUGCCAUGGACAGACAGAUGCCCGCACUCCUGUGGGCUGCAGAUAGGGGAAUAGUUGAGACCGCUCAGCAUUCACUGAAUGCUAGUUCUGGAGUUUCAAACAAUGUAAAACUUGGGAUAAUCUAUGAUGCACUGUCAAUAGCAGUGCAGGCGGGACACACAAGUAUCGCGAAGAGUCUUCUACUGCAGAAGGGAGUCGAUCCUAAUUCCCAGUAUCAAGAAGAGGAAAAUUUCCACAAGACAUUUUUAGCAAGAGCAGCUCAGGCAGGACAUGUGGAUAUGGUCGCCCUAUUGCUGUCAACAAAAGGCAUCAACCCGAACCUUGGGGAUGACAUGGGGAGACCAUCAAUUGCUUAUGCGGGAUUCUGCGGGAACGAAAGUGUGGUCAAACAGCUGCUUGCCGCUCCGGGCGUAGAUCCUAAUUACAAAGAUCACCAUGGCCGUACACCAUUUCCCUGGACAGCUGGUCACGGAUCGGAAGCACCUGUGUCCCAAUUCCUAUCUCGAGAGGAUGUUGACGUGAAUGCCGCCGUGGCCACUGAUGACAUGUUCAAGAAGGGAUGGACCGCCCUGAUGUUCGCGGCUAACUGGGGAUCUGCAGAGAAAGCGGAGCUACUGCUUACGCCAUAUAUCAAUUUGGCAGUGAAAAAUGGCUCUGAGUAUAUCGUGCAGCUUUUACUUGCAAAGGGGGCAUACCCUGACCCUAAGGACUGGCGUGGCGCAACGCCACUAUAUGCUGCUGCAAACUUUGGUUAUCUUCCUAUCCUCAACCUGCUCUGUCAAUCAGGAGCUGAUCCAGACCCUGUCGCUGAUGAUGGAAGUACUGCAAUCUCCAUAGCCUUAAUUGAAGGAUAUACAGAUAUUGUUCGAUUUCUUUUAGAGACAGGAAAGGCGAGCCUACCAUCUCAAGAAGGCGAGGAAAGACGCUGUGCUCUGUCUUGGGCUGCGGAGCGAGGAUAUCGAGAGAUUGUGAGUCUAUUGAUACAAUAUGGUCAAGAUGUCAAUACCAAGGAUUACAAGGGACGAACACCACUCUCACAUGUAGUUGAAGGGGGGCAUGUUGAAAUCAUCAAGAUGCUGCUCCUGAACACGUCUUCAAUCGACCUUAUGGAAAUAGAUGGCGAUGGUGAAACUCUAUAUUCCCGUGCCACGAAGCAUGACAAUCCUGAAAUAAUGAAUCUGUUGGAGUCGAUCAAAUAA